GCAUCGUAUAAACUGUGUAUAAAUUUAAGGUGAUAGAUAUAAAUAUAUUCGCAGAUUUCGCAUAGCGAGGCUUGCUCCAAAAACAGUGAUCAGUUCCGAAAAAGUAAGUAAGUAGGUACACACAAGGGUGCGGAAAGUGUGGAAAGACCCGAGGUCCGAAUGCCUGGAUGGUGUUGGAUAUUGUGUCACGACGACGACGUUGUUAAAUCUUGCUUUGCAUGCCGUGCUAAUUGAAGAAAAUAAGUUUUUUCGCGUGUGUUCACGGACGAACCUCCAAAUUAAAAGCCUCGCAUAACCCUCGGACCUCUAGUUGUUUUGGAUUUGAGUUUUUCGGAGCAAAGCAAGAACCAUAACACAACGUUCUGUUGGCCAAGCUAAUGUGGUGAUCUUUGACCUUCUGGCCUGUGCUUUUGUGGUUGUUUAUUAUUUUUAUUUCAUCAACAACGUUAUGGAUUCUUUGGAGCCUAUGGACGUUGACAGCAGAGAAUUCGAAGAUUUACUCGAGGAAGGCGAAUUAGGUGACUACGAGGAAAACAAUCGCAUUUAUCGAAAACCAAUAGCUCUCGAUGAAGUGAUACCGGAGCCUAUCAAGGUUAAAACUUUGGUGACAGGUGUGGAUAUAUUUAGUAAAAACACUCAGGAGAAACUUCAGGAACGUGCCAAACGUUUUGGUAUUAAAAAAGAGGAUGAAAAAGCUUUUUUAAAAGAUGCGGAAACGUUGUACCAAAGUUUCGGUAUUGUUGAGGGCACAGAUAGCGCACAAGAUUAUCGAUUGAAUGUUAUUCAUAUGAGAGGCACUCAGAAAAUGACCACAAAGGAUAUAUUUAAAUACUUUGAAGACUAUGCUCCUGCUUCGAUUGAGUGGAUCAACGAAUUAUCUUGUAAUGUUGUGUGGUUGGAUAAAAUAUCGGCUGCUAGAGCCAUAUUAGGCUUAUCAAAAAAAAUCACAGGUUAUAAACAAAACUCAAAGCGUAAAUUACAUUCUGAUGAUAAUACAGAAGACGAUUCUGACGAUGAUGUUAUUAUAAAUGGUGAUAAUAUAAAAGAAGAAAAUGCCAUACAUGUUAAGGACAUUAGAUGUCCACUACCCCCUGGUAUUUGGAGAAAAGGACGUGAUUACAAAGAUACAAGAGAUAUAUUCUUGAGGUUUGCUACGAUAAUGGAUAAAAGACAGUACUUAGCAGAGAAACCAGCAUUGAAAGGAAUAUUAACAAAUUCAAGAAAACGCGCUUACAAACAGAGAGAACCUACACCUCCUCCAAUAAGUGCGAGUACAAAUGGUAUAGCUGCAAAAAAUCCUUGGGGAAGUCUUUCAAAAAAUUGGGGGGUCGCUGAUUUUGUUGAGGAUGAUUAUUUGCCGAAAAAACCUGUAGAACCACUUCACGGUGUUAGAGAAAGAUUAGGCUUCAGAUCUAGGGACAACAAUGAUUUGUUGGAUGAAGAAUCUGCGGUAAUUGAACUUUCAGACGACAGUGUUAUUGUUCAAGAAGAUAGUGCAGAAGAAGAAAGUUCUCAUGAAGAGGAUGACUGGUGUAGAAGAAGCAAAUUACCAAGGAUGCGUAUGCAUGCAGACGAUGAAGAAGAAAAGCUAGAAAAACGCAAAGGGAAAAUCAGAAGUUUGGCGCAUAACAGAGCGAGAAAUGCUAGCAACAAUUUCAGAGAACAUGAUGAUUAUGAAAUAAUUGAUAAUGUGGACGAGGUUGAUGAUUUUAGGAGAAGUGAUUUGAGAGACAAUGAUUACGGUGAUGGUAAUGACUUAAGGAAAAGGUUAAUUGCUAAGAGACGAUUACCGCCACAACCACAACCAAUAGUAGAACACGGAAUAUUAACAGCAAGAAGAAAAUUACCGGCAAAACCAUAUCCAAAACUAGAACCUGAUAUUCAAGUUGUUCUUACAAAUCCUAAAGCACUAAAAAACAAUUUCAGCAAUCUUGAUGUGACAGAGGAUGAAUACGAAAAUGACAAUGACAGACCUUCUAAAAUAAUUUUGCCAACGGAUGAUGAUGAUGAUGAUGAAGAAGAAGGAGAAAUCAUUGAUGAUUCUGAUAGUGAUAGCAAAGUAGAAUAUGAAGAGGAAGAAGAAGUAGAAGAAGAUGAAGAGGUAGAAGAAGAUCCAGAAGAAUUGGAAGAAGAAUUAGAAGAUAAUGACGAUGAAGAAGAAAGGAUUGAAAUAGAAUCAGAUACAGAUACUGAGACUAGCGAUAGUAGUAGUAUUUCAGAAAAAGAAGUGCAAGGUCCUAGAGGAAGUGUGAUCAAGGUGGUACCACGCAAACCAAAAUUACAAUCAACGGUUACAACGGUGUGGUCACGAUUGAAAACUUCCAAAAAUAAUCGACGCGAUGACGAUGACGACGACAACAACGACGAUGACGACGACGAUGACAACUACGAUGAUGAUGAUAAAACUUUAGCAAAAAAAUAUCAUUCUAAGGCAGAUUUAAGGCAGACAUUGAAAAAAACUGAUUUAAGAUCGCGCAUCGGUAAAAAUCACAUUAGAGGGCGGUCACCACUGAGAAUAGAACUAAGGAAUGAUAAAUAUGCGGGCAGACGAGAGUAAAUCUGAUUAGAGAGAAGCAAACAAUAUCAAUUGUUGAAAAAAAAUAGUUUGAUUUUAUGAUGAAAUCGACUUACAAAAAGGCUGUUAUUGCCUUUUUUUUACUUAUUUGUACAUGAUCUUGAAUAGCUAAUAUUGAACAAAAAUUUUGUGAGAGUAGUAAAAAUAAAUAUUUAUUUAAGUUUAGAUUAAUUUUUUCAAUGCUUUAUUACGUCAUGUGGAGCGUCUGGUACAAUAACAAUAAAAAAUUGGUAACAGGAUAUAUUAACACGCAUACAAGUCAAUUAAACACAUGAAGUAAAAUUUUAAGGAAACGCAUAAAGAUUGCAAUUACUGCUGGUAUCUUUAGACUAAGUGAUGUACAUGUAUAUUUGAUGUGAACUGAUGAAAAUAGUAAUUGUUUUAACGAAUUUCAAGACGUUCACUUGACUGGUUUUAUAUCAAUGAUACUCAACAAUAUAAUUUAAUUGUUUUUUUGAGAGAUACUACUAAAGAUGUAGUAGAAGCAUAGUGUAUGUACAUAUAUACAUAUAUAUUAAUGUAAAAAAUAAAUGCGUAUUGCGUCUUGUAAAUUUGAAUCAUUGUAACCUUACGUUAUUUUAUUUCUUUUCUAUUUGUAUCUACAGCUACAGUUCUGUGUAGAUUCAACAAUAAAGUAAAGACUUUGAUAAUAACACUUUGAUAUUUUAGUGUCAUUUUCAUUUAAUUUUGAGUGAGGUAUUUUCAAAGACUUUACAUUUGAAAAAUCAAAAGUUACCAUUCAUUUAAAAUAAUAUGUACAUAAAUAUUUUUUAAUCUGGCAUU